UGCUCAAUUCAUCUCGAUACUCGACCCGUUUUUCUUCCCCCGCCACUCUUCCUCUUGGUAAAAACGACACCGCGCGCACUCAGACGCGAAUGCUAACUUCCACCGUCGGCCGCUCACAGUUCCGUCGGAGACCUACCUCCACUGAUAUCAAUCAAGCACAAUUUCCUCCUCUCUAUUCUACGACGCCCCGUUUCUUCUCCACCAUCUGAUCAAAUAAUGGCAUCGCCAGCUUGGUUACCGCAGGAUGUGCAGCCAUCUGUAUCUCAAGCCCCCGUUUCUGGUUCACCAGCAGGGGCUCCUUCAACUCCGACUGCAGCUCCACUUGCUUCAAGUGCGGGCACACCGUCAUUCUCGUACAGUGUGCCUCCAAAUGCAAAUAUCACUUUUGGAACCUCUCAGCAGCCAUCAACUAGUCCUGGGACUAAGUUUAAUCUCUCAGCAUCUCCAAUGGUUAUUCAACCCCCAGUUCCUGGCUUGUCAUCUGCUGCCAGUCCCUCUUUCUCAUACAACAUUCCAAAAUCUAAUUAUCCCUUCCCUAAUAAUCAGCUGUUUCAAUCUGGCAUGCAGAAUGUCUCACCUGCUAUUGCACAAGAAACUGGGAAUGCCUCAUUGUCAUCAACUAGCUCUCAUUCUGGUUACUUGGCUGCUUCUACGUCUUCAAGUUCCACAAUGGUUCUAUCAUCAGCUCCUAAUGUGGGACCAACAACUUCAUGGGUUCCCACUACCCCAUCAUUUAAUAUGACUCAUGGAAUGCCUGGAACUCCUGGUCCCCCUGGAACAGCCCACUCACUGCAAAUGUCCUUUAAUCUGACUGCACGAUCUGCACCUGUUGAUUCUUCUUCUAUAGCCCUUAGACCUAGCUUGCAAACACCUUCUGCUGGAUCAUCUGCAGUUCUGCCACAAGCAGGUGCUCCCUACCCAUCUUUACCUGCUAUGGCUGCUAAUCCCCACGGAGUCUGGUUGCAGUCCCCACAGAUGGAAGGCAUACCUAGGUCACCAUUUCAGGCAUAUCCUGCUGCUUUUCCCGGUCCCUUUCCUUUGCCUACACGUGUUAUGCCUCCCCCUUCUGUUCUUAUACCUGAUUCUCAGCCUCCUGGUGUCACUCCUGUGGGAAAUACGGUAGCAACAUCCUUGUCUUCCAGUUCUGGUCAUCAACUUGCACCUUCUUCAUGGAUGCAGACAGAAUUACCUCAUCCUGGUAUUGAUGACAGGAAACAUGCCCUUGAGGCAGGCAACCAACAUAUAGCUGCUGUCAAUCAACAAUUGGAUGCUUGGACUGCCCACAAGACAGAGACAGGAGUUGUAUACUAUUAUAAUGCUGUGACUGGUGAAUCAACUUAUGAGAAGCCUCCUGGAUUUAAGGAGGAGCCUGAUAAGGUCUCUGUGCAGCCAGUUCCAGUUUCAACGGUGAAUUUGUCCGGAACUGAUUGGGUAUUGGUUACAACGAGUGAUGGGAAAAAGUUUUACCAUAAUAGCAAAACCAAGGUUAGCAGCUGGCAGAUCCCAAAUGAAGUGAUAGAAAUGAGAAAGAAGCAGGAUGGUGACACGCCAAAAGAACAUCCAGAGUCAGUGCCAAAUAAUAGUCAAAUGGUUGAAAAGGAAUCUGCUCCAAUCAGUUUGAGUGCUCCAGCCAUUAGCACGGGUGGUCGUGAAGCCAUGGCUUACAAGGCCUCAACUGUGCAGGGAUCAUCAUCUGCACUCGACCUGAUUAAAAAGAAGUUGCAGGAUUCUGGAGCUCCUGUUACUUCAUCACCAGUUUCAGGACCUUCAGAGUUAAAUGGCUCAAGAGGAGUUGAGAGUACACCUAAGGUCCAGCAGAGUGAGAAUAGCAAGGAUAAGCUAAAUGACACUAAUGGGGAUGGUAACAUGUCUGACUCCUCAUCAGAUUCAGAGGAUGCAGAUAGUGGGCCAACAAAAGAGGAGGGUAUUAUUCAAUUCAAGGAGAUGCUCAAAGAACGGGGAGUGGCACCAUUUUCAAAGUGGGAGAAGGAACUGCCAAAGAUAGUGUUUGAUCCACGAUUUAAGGCCAUUCCAAGUUAUUCAAGGAGAGCCUUGUUUGAGCACUAUGUUAAGACACGUGCAGAGGAGGAACGCAAGGAGAAACGAGCAGCUCAGAAGGCUGCAAUAGAGGCAUUUAAGCAGUUACUUGAUGAAGCAGUGGAGGAUAUUGAUGAUACCACUGAUUACCACAGUUUCAGAAAGAAAUGGGGCAAUGAUCCACGCUUUGAGAAUUUGGACCGCAAGGAUCGAGAACAUUUGUUGAAUGAAAGAGUCCUUCCAUUGAAGAAGGCUGCUGAAGAAAAGGCUGAAGCAGUGCGUGCUGCUGCUGCAACUAGUUUUAAGUGCAUGCUUCAAGAAAAAGGAGAUAUUACAGUUAAUUCCCGUUGGUCCAGGGUGAAAGAUAGUCUGCGGAAUGACCCAAGGUACAAAUCUGUUAAGCAUGAGGAUAGGGAAGUUUUAUUCAACAAGUACAUAUCAGAUCUCAAAGCUGUGGAAGAGGAAGCAGAACGAGAGGCAAAAGCUAAAAGGGAUGAGCAGGAUAAGUUAAGGGAAAGAGAGCGAGAACUACGCAAGCGGAAGGAAAGAGAAGAACAAGAAACAGAGAGGGUGCGAUUGAAAGUUCGCAGGAAGGAGGCAGUGUCUUCUUUUCAAGCUUUACUUGUGGAAACAAUUAAAGAUCCUCAGGCAUCUUGGACAGAAUCUAAGCCCAAGUUGGAGAAGGACCCGCAAAGGCGUGCAGCCAACCCUGAUCUGAAUUCAUCUGACAUGGAAAAGCUCUUCCGCGACCACAUAAAGAUGCUGCAUGAGCGAUGUGCACACGAGUUUAGAGCCCUGUUGGCUGAAGUGUUGACUACAGAAGCAGCCUCCCAAGAGACAGAGGAUGGAAAAACAGUUCUUAACUCAUGGUCAACAGCUAAACGUUUUCUAAAGUCUGAUCCCAGAUAUAACAAGAUGCCACGAAAAGAUAGGGAAGUCGUGUGGCACCGAUAUGCCGAGGAGAUGCUGCGGAAGCAAAUGUCAUCACUUGAUCAUAGGGAAGACAGGAAAUCAGAUGCUAAAAGCAGAAGCUCUGCCGAUGCUGGAAGGACCACCUUCGGAUCAAGGGGUGCCCAUGACCGUAGGUGACCUUUUACUUUGGUCAGUAGGCUUUCAUUUUGUUUUGUUUUUUCGGCCUGAUUACUUGAGGGCGGUUUGUUUCGAGCGCAAACUUACACUUGGAGUGCUGUAUUAUAGUAUCACAUGAUCCAUAUGAGUUAGUAAGCUGAUUUUACUAGGUAACAAUUAUCGUUUGGUCAUCGCUUGAAACCAGACACAACGGCUAAAGUUUCUGAACUACAUUUUUUAAAACUCGAUGUAAUGUUCUUAAAUACCUUCUAUACAAAAUUGACUACAUGUCGAAGUUGCACA